ACCUUGCGCCAACACCAUGGCCUACCUGGGCCUCCUAUCCUGUUUUGCCUUCAUCAGCACCUCUUUAGGCUGUGGUGUCCCUGCCAUUGAGCCUGUCCUGAGUGGCCUGGCUAGGAUUGUCAAUGGCGAAGAUGCUGUCCCUGGCUCCUGGCCCUGGCAGGUGUCCAUUCAGGACAAAACCGGUUUCCAUUUCUGUGGGGGAUCAAUCAUUAGCGAAUACUGGGUGGUCACUGCUGCCCAUUGUGACGUCUGGCAAUCGGACCUGGUGAUUGCUGGUGAGUUUGACCAGGGCUCUGAUGAGGAGGACAUCCAAGUGCUGACGAUCAGCCAGAUCUUCCAGAAUCCCAAUUUCGACUACUCCACUACCAGCAAUGACAUCACUCUGAUAAAGCUGGCCACGCCUGCCCAAUUUUCAGACACUGUGUCCCCAGUCUGCCUUCCCAGCUCUACUGAUGACUUCCCUGCGGGCUCUAACUGUGUCACCACCGGCUGGGGGCUGACCAAGUACACCAAUAGCAAGACUCCCGACAAGCUCCAGCAAGCUGCUCUGCCCCUCCUGUCCAAGAGUCAGUGCUGGAAGUACUGGGGGAACAUGGUCAAAGACAGCAUGAUCUGCGCUGGUGCCAGUGGUGUUUCCUCUUGCAUGGGUGACUCUGGUGGCCCACUGGUCUGCCAGAAGGCUGGUGCCUGGACCCUGGUUGGUAUCGUCUCCUGGGGCAGUGAUACCUGCUCCACCUCCAGCCCUGGCGUGUAUGCCCGGGUGACAGAGCUCGUAUCUUGGGUGCAGGAGAUCCUAGCUGCCAACUGAGCUUCCUGCAGGGGCAUGGUCCUGCAUUUCCCAUGUGACUGUGUGAGAUUACAGUAAACUUC